CCGCCCGUCGGUAUGGCUGAAUGUGUAGCGCCUUCGGCCGCGGACCUCUGGCUUGAACGGUCCCGCUUCAGCGGGUUCACGCUGGCAGCCGUAUCCUAUGGUGCCUACUUCAUUAUGACUAUUCAGGCGUUCAUCGCCGUUCAUCGUGGCAACGGUGGGUCUCGCACUCGCCGAGGCCGAAUCGCUCUGCAAACCUGGAAGACUUGCAUCGCCAUGACUACAGACCGUCGCACGAUUAUACAAGCGUAUAUCGGCAUAACCUUUGUUCUCGCUACCUUGGGGUUUGCGGGCAACGCGAAGUACAGUGAAAUGAUCUGGAUCGAUCUGAGGAACAAGGACGGAGGCCCGGCGGCACUGAUCGAGGACGAGCUUGACUUUUGGAUUAACCGAAUGACGUUGUCUUGUUAUUACGUUAUGGAAUGGUUCAUGCAAGCCCUGUUAGUGAAUCGGUGUAUCAUCAUUUGGAACCGGCAGCUGGUAGUUUCUCUGUCGAUGUGCAUAUUGCUGCUCGCCAACAUUGCAAUGUCGAUAAUCGUCCUAGUGAAAGCCAACGGUGCUGUCUUCUACGACAUCAACGUGCAGCUCGCUUACCUUUGCAUCUCCGUCGGCAUAAACAUCUUGUACACAUUCCUCGUGACCUAUCGGCUUCUCCGGAUACGCCACGCAAUCCGAGCAGCACUUGGGCCCGAGCAUUCCGCGACAUACACCUCUGUCGUCUCCAUGCUUGUCGAGAGCGCCGCGCUGUAUUACGUCCUCGCCGUCGUAUACAUCGUGCCAUUCGCGGUGCAUUCCUACGUUUCUAAUCUUAUCCUUUUGGGCAUCAGUCAUGUUCAGGCUAUCGCACAGCUGCUGAUCAUUCUCCGCGUGGCCGCAGGGCGCGCCUUCUCUCACGAAGUCACCAGCGCCGUUACUCAGACGAGAGUGGAUAGGCCUGCGUUCGUGCAUGUGCACGAGAUAACAACGACUGAUACUCCUGUGCACCUGCCAGAGCUGCCGCCUUCGUCGUUUAUGCUGAGCAGGGUGGCAAGUAGCAAGAGGGAGCUGCAUCUCGAUACGCUCGAUACUCACAAAGCGGAGGACUGAGGUCGCGUUCUGUAAAUUGUCACUAGCUGUACACUGUAUGCAUAUACUCUCCCAUUUAUGAAACCAAAUGCCCUUUCAGUGAUCUCCUUAAAUGUGCGGCAUGCACUGAGUAGCUGCAUCUGCACUAAAUUCUGUCGAAUCUUUGACCAACGCCAAGUUCUU